AUGCCCUUCCUUUUAAAAUUACAACUUGACCCUUUAGGAAAUAAUUGCAGACAGGGUCCCCCAAUAACUUUAAUUGCAGAGGAACCCCCCAUUAAUGCCAAUUCCAUGAAUAAUAAUACCACGGCACUUCUCGAAGCCAAGUUGCAAGCAAUAUCAUCACAAGGAAUGCUGGCAACUUCAAACAAGACCACUGAUCCACCAUCGACAUCACCAACAAAGUCAUUUUUGCAUGAAGAGUUGGAAAGUUCAAACCAAAGUUCAGCAAGAAAAGAAUGGCCAUUAACGGAUUUGGAGAAAAAAGUUGCAGGAUUGACCCAAGUGAGCCAAGAAGGGAUAUCAGGUAUUGAUACAGUUCAGUUAAGCAGAAUGCCAUCUCUGGACAUGGACACCAUCUGGGAUGCGCUUCUAGUUUCAGAUUCAUAAAAUCGUGAUUCAUGUACAUAAUAAACUCCACGAGUUCUCAUGUUUGUGUUGAUUCAGGUUAUCUUCAUUAAAC